UCUGUUGGAUUCCGAGUGAACUCUGCGCGGCAGUAGAUAAGCAGUGUCUUGACCGCAGUGAACCCUGAAUACUAAUCCCACGAAUUCGAACAAGAAUGUCCAGAAAUUUAAUAGCAAUUCUGUUGGUCUCUAUCAUAAUAAAUGAUGUUACAGAUAGUAUUGGUCCUUUGUGUAUAGUAUGCCAGAACGCAGCCACAGUUGAAGAAUGUAGACAACAGAACAAGGUUCACUGCGGAGACAAUGAAGAUUGCUAUUUGAAAAAAUACACAACGAACACUGCACAGAUCAGAUUUGAGGCAGGAUGUUUUCCGAAGACGACGUGUGUCCUUCUAAACUCAUUGAAUCCAAGCCCUGUUGGUAAGAGGGAUACGGAUUUACACAGACCAAAGAAAGAUCUAACGAACUGCUUCCAAUGUUGUAACGGUACGACAACACAGGAUGGGCCCUGUAACUCCUACCUAUGCCAUCAAGACCCUACUGCCGAACUAGUAACCUGUAAAGUGUGCACUGGUGUACACGAUCACAUAGAAAGCUGCGCCCAUGAAGACGUAUGUCCGCCCACAGAGGCAUGUUACACUGGCAUCCGCAUUGUUGGCAACGAGGCUAAAUACGUGUUCGGAUGUGCAAAUAAAAGAAUCUGCAGAUCGUUGGCGUUAGAUAACGCCAGGCAGGCUCGGGUAAUACAUGGAGAUGUAGGACUGAACAUCUGUGACGCCUGCUGUGUAGGGACCAACUGUAACGAGGCCGAAUGUUUUACAUUAAAAAAAGAAAUGAAAUAUGCUGAUUACAAAAGGAACACUACGUCAACCACCACAUCGACAUUGGGAUGAGGCAAAGGGGGAAAAUGACUGACGCAGACCAACCUGGAUAUAGUGGAGCGUCAUUUAUUCUUCUAUAAAUGAAUAAUUUGUGUACAUGUAUUGAAGAAGAAUUCUUUACAAUUGCACGUCGGAGAAUUGUUAUUUACAUGUGCAAUAUAAAGUAAACAAAUGCCUUUCUUUCUGAAAUAAGGACUUGUUCUCACAAUGCACCACAA